GCAAACCCCAAUACCUUCAUACCAACAGUAUCCUGUCAUCCAACUAGACUAGUCGUUGUCGAUAAUAAUGCCUGUGGACGAAGAAUACGUUAUCGAGUACAUUUCUCAAGCUAGAGUUGUAGAGGAUGGAGAAGGAGGGAAAGAAUGGGUAUAUAAAGUUCAUUGGGUUGGAUUUCCGGAAGAUCAAGCCAGCCACGAACAUGACAAUGGCUUCUUCCCGGACCCGUUAAAGGACUUCUGGGAGGCUACCGGCAAGUCGAAUAACUGUCAUGAGUAUGAGCCUGGCGCAAUCGUCAAGCCUUCUCCGGAGUACAUCGGUAAGGCCCACUUGCCUUCUGUGUUACCUUCGAUCCUUGUCAGCUGUGGUAUAGACGCCCGGGCGAAGGUGCCAACGCAGGAAACGACAAUCGCGUCCGUUCCCUCUUGAUGGAUUUAUUUCCCCUUAGAGUUCGUUGCCUCGCGGUUCGAUUGUUAUUCUAUGAUAUGUAUCAUGAGACGUUUUCUGUUGUUAUCAAUGUAACCCAAGACGAAUUGCCAAGCUAAAUUCUGCGAUCGGCCGAAAGGGUUUAUACAG